AACUGGACUGUGACGGCGAAGUCCCAAAUUCGACAGAGCACACUACAGUGAAAGUCAGGAACAGGCACCGAAUACACUCAGCCUGUUCAACGAAUUUGUUUUGACACAGACGAGCACAAGAAUACGAAGUUUGCCACAUCCUUUGGGUUUGCCUGUCUUAUUCUUCUAUUUGGACCGAUCUUUACCCUUUCCGGACUGUCAAGCAAGGACCUUAGCUGAGAACACCGGCAAGCAUCCUUCAAGGAGACCACACUGCACUGAGAGGACAGAUAUUAGACUUUUUGGGGAAAGUCAAUGCACCCUGUCAACGACGCUGUCUUGUCCAUUCACUAGCAAACUUUAUUGACUGUUCAUCGAAGUGGUAAGCGAUUUUGCCUUCAACGACUCUUAUGUCUACAAAAAUGGAGCAGCUAUUUUAUCACGACGACUCAUUCCAUAUGCCUUACGGCCAUUCAGAUGCUGCUUUGCACGACUACAAACUCCAGAAGGAGAGUAUGAAUGUCAGUUUCGCUGAAUCUUAUAGGAACCUUAAACUACGGGCUGACACAGACCUCUACCAAGCAUCUAACCCAGACCUCAGCUCGCUCAAGCUCGCUGCUCCAGAACUGGAGAGGUUGAUCAUCCAAAACGGUAACGGUGUCAUCACUACCCCUACCCCAGGACAGUACCUCUACGGCAGGGGGAUCACCGACGAGCAGGAGGGUUUCGCGGAGGGAUUUGUCAAGGCACUUGACGAGCUUCACAAGAUGAACCAGUUGCCCCCGCCCAACGUGUCUAUUGGAGCCGGUGGUGUGACGACGUGUUCCGCAGCAGCCCCCGUCUUCGGCUCCUCCCUGCAGCCCGAGCCUCCCAUAUACACAACGCUCAACAGCUAUUGUCCCACCGCCAGCCUCUCUUCCUCCUCCAGCUAUCCCUCCACAACAAUCAGCUACCUGCCGCCGCACCCUCAGCAGAACCAGCACCAAGACGUCUCGACGCACGCCUCGCAUCCGUUCCAACACUCUCUGCCCGCAGCUGGACUGCACCCGCAACGCCUUCUGGCUUUGAAAGAAGAGCCCCAGACCGUGCCAGACAUGCACAGCAGCGACGGUUCGCCACCAAUGUCCCCGAUCGACAUGGAGAACCAGGAACGGAUAAAGGCGGAGCGCAAGAGGCUGAGGAACCGAUUGGCAGCCACCAAGUGCCGGCGGCGCAAGCUGGAGCGCAUCGCUCGACUGGAGGACAAAGUGAAAGUCCUGAAGUCGGACAACGCUGGAUUGUCCAAUACGGCAUCGGUGCUGCGGGAACAAGUCGCCCAACUCAAGCAGAAAGUCCUGAGACAUGUAAGCAGCGGCUGCCAGCUAAUGCUGACGAGCAAAAUGGAGGCGUUUUAAAAAGACAUUUAAGAUUCAACACUGGAGGUUUAAGAUUGGUACAGGCCUAUGUAUUUUAGUUGUUCUGUCUUUUGUCGACAAACCUAAAAUUGCCUAACAUGUGGGACUGAGAAAUGGUACAUCGGUGCUGUGCGCCGUCAAAAGGGACCAAGAGAGAAACAGCUGUCGCUGUCAAGGUCUAGCUGUAGCACAAGAACGGGACAACGUAUAGGCUACCUCGAAUGAAAGAGUUGUGAACCAGUGGGCACAUGCCUAGGCUAUGUUGAUAGUCUGGUUUGUCUUGAUCAAAUGGGACUAUUUGUAUGUUGCCAAUGAUACUGUCAUGCAAUAGGCUCUACUGCAUUAUGGAAGUGUAAAUUAUUUUUUGUUCGUCAGGUUGAUCCUGACCAACUUCUACAAUGUCACAUGUUUACGUUUUUUAUUGUUGUUUGUGCACUGUUUAUUUAAGUAAAAUUUGACAGAAAAUGUA